AUGAAACCUCCACAAGAACCACCUAAACCUCCACAAGAACCACUUAAACCUCCACAAGAACCACUUAAACCUCCACAAGAACCACCUAAACCUCCACAAGAACCACCUAAACCUCCAGAAGAACCUCCUAAACCUCCACAAGAACCACCUAAACCUCCACAAGUACCACCUAAACCUCCACAAGAACCACUUAAACCUCCACAAGAACCACCUAAACCUCCACAAGAACCACUUAAACCUCCACAAGAACCACCUAAACCUCCACAAGAACCACCUAAACCUCCACAAGAACCACCUAAACCUCCACAAGUACCACCUAAACCUCCACAAGAACCACUUAAACCUCCACAAGAACCACCUAAACCUCCACAAGAACCACUUAAACCUCCACAAGAACCACCUAAACCUCCACAAGAACCACUUAAACCUCCACAAGAACCACCUAAACCUCCACAAGAACCACCUAAACCUCCACAAGAACCACCUAAACCUCCACAAGAACCACUUAAACCUCCACAAGAACCACCUAAACCUCCACAAGAACCACCUAAACCUCCAGAAGAACCUCCUAAACCUCCACAAGAACCACCUAAACCUCCACAAGUACCACCUAAACCUCCACAAGAACCACUUAAACCUCCACAAGAACCACCUAAACCUCCACAAGAACCACUUAAACUUCCACAAGAACCACCUAAACCUCCACAAGAACCACUUAAACCUCCACAAGAACCACCUAAACCUCCACAAGAACCACCUUAA